GCCAUAGCAGAAUUUGGAAGGAAGGGACCUCGCCAAGAAGGACAAUUAGUUAGCUAGCUAGCUAGCUAUACUGAGAACGUGAAAACAAGAAGGGACACGCCACUAAAGUUGUCAAUUUUGUCAGCGACUCGCGAUUGUAGCAAUGGUCCAGUCCUGCUCUGCAUAUGGGUGUAAAAAUAGAUAUCACAAAGAUAAAAACAUUUCAUUUCACAAGUUUCCUCUAGCUCGACCAGACGUCUGUGGAAAAUGGAUUGCAGCAAUGAGAAGAAACAACUUCAAACCGACAAAAUACAGCAAUAUCUGUUCUCAGCACUUCACCAAAGACUGCUUCAAACGAGAGUGCAACAACAGAGUUUUGAAAGAAAAUGCAGUGCCUUCACUCUUUUGUUUAAGUAAAUUACAAAUCAAGUCAGAAUCCCUGGAGGACUCAUUCACACCUGAGAUGGACUUCCAUCUGACCCUCCCUCUCUCAGACUCGGAAGAGACCCAGGUUCUGGAGCCUCAGGGGCUGCAACCAGAGGAGACCGACGCUGCUGUGCCCCAGUUGAAGAACCCUGAUCUGCCCCACAGCAUGUCGGUCACCUGCGACCACAACUACACAGUGGAGGACUCUGUCCAGCAGAAGAAACGCAUCGAGCAGCUGGAGGAACAGCUGGACAAAUUGAGGAAGAAGCUUAAAACUUCUCAACAGAAGUGCCGUCGUCAAGAGCGUCAGUUGAAGAGACUCAAAGCUGUGGGAGAGUUCCAGAGAGCGAAGAGGGACUUGACACUGGGAGAGGGCUAUGUGAUCUUACCCAAGCAGCUGUAUGACGUUCUAAAAGGAAUUGACUCUAUCGAUGGCCUGUGAUUGGAAGAGCUCCAAUCUACCCUCUAAACAGAGAUGUUUGUUGUGUAGAAUGCAAUUCGUGUUUUUUUGUUGUUGUUGUUUUUUUUUUUUAUGGGUGUAAACCUCAGGUGAGAGCCCACUACUGUAUUUAUACACAAGGAAUGGGUUCACGAUAGCCUUUCGGCUUCCUCCCCAAUUGAUUGCAAUACAGUCCAAUUUGAUACAGUACCACAUGAUGCAACAGAUGCAAGCAAAUGAAAAGAAACUUUUGCCUUUGUACAUUUCCACUUAAAAUAAUUUCACUUCCCUCGGUUUGAUUUCUGCCUCAUUGACGAGUGACUUGUUGCCUUGUGACUCAUUGCAUCAUUACACCCCAGUGAGUUCAUAGGUUUUCUCUUUUCACAAUGUUGCUCAGUCAGAAGGGACGUGUUCUAUAGCUCAGCAUUUAGGGAAAACGGUAUGCAACUGUAUAAUACUGUAUAGUAACUAUAUACUUGACAAAGUUAUCAGGUUUGCAAUUGGCUCGCACUUUCUAUGAAUUCACCAACACUACAGUCAAACUCCUCUCGCAAAGCUGGAUGUCUCGAACACCAAAUUUGUGAAAAACUUAUUUAGCUCUGCUGCUGUUCUUGGUACUUGGUACACCUUAUAAUGACAAAUAUAGUACUGGAAUUGUAGCAAAUCACUGGUAGUAUAUAUGGUUUACCCAUUAUUUUGUCUACUUGUAAAGGAUUUACAAACCUAGCACUAAUUGAACUCUGAAGCUGAAUAUUUAAUCUUGAGAAGGCUAUUGGCAUAAAAUAAGGGAUUUGAUCCCAGAUGAACACAGUGCACUAGUUUUAUGUGUUUUAAAUCAAAGGAAGUUUGGGGGCUUUAACUGAAUUAUGUUGCAGAAGCCUGAGUUGUGUUAAUGAUAUCUUCCUCCAGAUCAACACAUUUGGAAAAUAAUUGAACUGGUGGUCAGUCAGUUUAGUCACUCGUUUGCAGUCCAGUUUAUAGGUGGGUGGUGGAGCAUGGAUACCUUUUGAAGAAAGUUUCAAAGGGCUGUUGGAUUAGGAUAUAUUUCAAAGCCAUAUUCAAAAAGGGAAAUCGACCUGGAACUAAUUGGUUUGUUUUUCAAACGCAGUUGCCUUAUGUUCCCAUGAUGCAAUCCCUUAUUGCCUAUCAAAUAAAAAUUGGAUUGGUUUCAAAGUAUGAUGAAUGAAUGCUACCUAGUAUCCUGACCACGUUGCAACUUGAUGUUUUCAACACCAUUAUCUGCAACAGUUGAUUUGUGCAAUUAUGGUUAUCUUGCUCACGCUGCCCUCAACCUACAUGAUGUAUCAAUUUUCUUCAAUAAAGGUAUACAUCUGUAGAACGACUGCAAAA